AUGGCUUCACUACUUCGAAAUUUGAGAUCGCGGGUUUUAAACCACACGAGGACUUCAUUCAGAUCAAAACCACCAGUGAAAUCAGGUACGAGGUGGAUUCAGAGAUACUGUCGUCUCAUUCGUUACUCCCGCUCAGGUGUCGUACGGAACACAGCCGCGACAGUCGUGUUAGGAUCUCCGCUUCUCUUGACAGAUUAUUCCGAAAACAAUCCAAUUAGUGAAGUUGUUCUUCUCUCUGGAAAAGCUCUUGGAUUUUUGACUGAAAAGAUAUUUGAAAAUGAGUCCGGACAAUCGAUGAUGCUUGGACUAUUUCUCAUUUCAAUUGGGUUUGCGUCGGUUUACUUUAAUGGGAUGACCGCUUAUACAGUGCGGAAGAUGCAAAUUCAUCAUGCAACCAAAUUUGGACAAAUAGGCGUCCCGUUUUAUACUUCAAGAGCUUUGCCACCAAAUCCUCUUCUCAAAGUAAAAAAGGCCACAUAA